AUGAAUCAAAAUAAAAGAACCAACAACCAAACCAUUAGAAAAACUGUCGAAGAAUUUAAAUGGAGUACCAAAGAUUCUUCAUUUAAAAAUGUUUACAAAAAUUAUCAAAAUCUUUGUAAUCUUUUCAAUACCCCAAUUGAAAUUUUCAAUGACAAUUUGACAUCCCUCGAUCAAACCGAUAUAGAAACCGAUUAUAGUAAUGUUAAUUUGGAAUUUUUUGGAUGUAGCAGUGAACAUAUAGGCACUAUCAAAGUAAGCUCAAUAUUUAGUAGCACCUAUGAUGUAAUCAAAACAAAUAUAAAAUGUAAAUAUUGUGAUAGAGAAAAUCUUUUAAAAGGUUUAUCUACACUUUAUAGUAGCGGGUGUAUUUCAAGUUCACUCUAUAGUAUGGCAACCAAUAGGGCAAAGCAAUUGGACACAGAUGGAGUAUCUCAAUUUAAACUUACAAUUGCAAAUACUGUUUGCGAUCACUCAAAAGAAUUGGUUGGUUCUCAAAUUAUAAAAUUAUCAGAUUCCCACUUGGAUUGUGAUGAAUGUUUAAAAAUGGGUAAUGUUGCCUCCAGAAUUAUUGAAGAUAUUGAUUUUCAUAUAAAAUCCAAAUCAUUCUCGGUUAAUAGCUAUGAAGAGUUAAUUAAAGAAAUUAGUUUAUUGGAUGCAUAUUCAAUUCAAUCAUACGAAUUUAUUGUCAAACUACCAUGUGGCCAUGAUCGUGGUAUCAAAAACUCUUUUAUUUAUUACAAUGGUAAAAGAAAUAUUGAUUUUUUAUGUCAAGUUUGUAAACCUCAAGUUUCAACAAUUUAUUAUUUAAAUCUUCUCGAGUCAUAUAUGAAAAUGAACAGUUUAAUAUUUUACAAUCAAAAGGAAACAAUCAAAACUUUUUUCAUGGCACCAAUUAGGUUAAUUAAAGAUAUAGCUGUAACUUUUACCAGAGAAAAAUGUGGCCAUCACUAUGGGUUCAAACUUUCCAGUCUUUCAUUUAAUCACUUUUACUCUAAUCCAUUACAAUGUAAAGAAUGUUCACUCAAUAUCACUCUUUACGAGAGUAUUAAAACACUUUUGAAAAAGUAUCCAUCAUUGGAAUCAAAAACCAAUUUUGUUGAAAUUAAAAAGCUAAUUAAUGAAAGUGAAGAUGUAAGAAACAUUAAUUUUUAUUUCCAAAUGUCGUGUGGCCAUGAAAUCUGCAUCAGUGGUAGUCAUUUAAUUAACUAUAAAUCGAUUUCUCCUUGUUGUCCACAAUGUAACCCAGAUGAUGAAAAAUCAUUAAAGUUUUCAUUUUAUGGUUUUAAAAGAGUCAAUGUUGAACAUUCACAACCAGAAUUUAUUUGUCCAAAAGGUCAUAUUAUGGUUAAUCCAUCAAAAUGGAUAUGUAGAAAUUGCAAUAUUAGGGGUCAAUAUUAUGAAAAAUUGGUAAUGGAUGCUGUUAACAAAUAUUUACAAUCUAAUGAAAUUUCAGAAUAUGUACAACUUUUGACACCAGAAUCGUAUUCAUUUUCAGAUUUAAAUGGUUAUUUUGAUUUUUCAAUACGUUUCAAAUUGGAUUCAACUAAAAAACAACUCUUAAAGCUUAAUAAUGAAGAUCCACAAAAACAAAAAAUUGUUGUUCUCAAUUUCCAAGUUGAUGAAUUAUAUCACUUUUCAAAAAAAUCAACAAUUCAAAAAGACUCAAGGAUUAACUAUUACCAUUCAAUGAACCGUGGAAAAAAUUUAGCCAGAAUUUCCUACAGAUUUAUUGAAGAAAUGUUUCAUUAUUGUUGUAUUGAAAAAGCAAUUCAAAACUUUAUUGAAUGUUCAAUUUAUUCAGUUAUCAACUUCAAACAACAUAUUAUAAUUUCUGAUGAUAUCUAUGAAGAAUUAGAAUCGUUCAAAAAUAGAGAUUUUAAGUUCUUUAAUUUAUUUGAUCUAUUUUUGCUUGAUGGUGAAUUCCCAUUAGAAAAUUGGUCUUUAAAAUUCGAUUUUUCAAAUUUAUUAAAAAAAUAA